CAGAAAGAGACCAAAGGGCAGUUCCUUAUUGAUCACAUCUGCAACUACUACAGCCUGUUAGAGAAGGACUACUUUGGCAUUCGCUAUGUGGAUCCAGAGAAGCAGAGGCACUGGCUUGAACCUAACAAAUCCAUCUCCAAGCAAAUGAAAUCUCAUCCACCAUAUACCAUGUGCUUUAGAGUGAAAUUCUACCCACACGAACCCUUGAAGAUUAAAGAAGAGCUCACAAGGUACCUUUUGUAUUUGCAAAUUAAAAGAGAUAUUUUUCAUGGUCGACUGCUGUGCUCCUUUUCUGAUGCUGCCUAUCUAGGUGCCUGUAUCGUUCAAGCUGAACUUGGUGAUUAUGAUCCUGAUGAGCAUCCUGAAAAUUACAUCAGUGACUUUGAAAUUUUCCCAAAGCAGUCACAGAAGCUGGAAAGAAAAAUCAUGGAAAUUCAUAAAAAUGAUCUCAGAGGUCAGAGCCCACCCGUUGCAGAAUUUAACUUACUGCUGAAAGCUCACACUUUGGAAACCUACGGGGUGGAUCCUCACCCAUGCAAGGAUUCAACAGGCACAACAACAUUUUUAGGAUUUACUGCUACAGGGUUUGUGGUGUUCCAGGGGAAUAAGAGAAUCCACUUGAUAAAAUGGCUAGAUGUCUGCAAAUUGAAGUUUGAAGGGAAGACAUUUUAUGUGAUUGGCACCCAGAAGGAGAAAAAAGCAAUGUUGGCAUUCCAUACUUCAACCCCAGCUGCCUGCAAACAUCUUUGGAAGUGUGGGGUGGAGAAUCAGGCCUUUUAUAAGUAUGCAAAAUCCAGUCAGAUCAAGACUGUGUCAAGCAGCAAGAUAUUUUUUAAAGGAAGUAGAUUUCGAUAUAGUGGUAAAGUUGCCAAAGAGGUGGUGGAAGAAAGCUCCAAAAUCCAGAGGGAGCCUCCUGAGGUGCACCGAGUCAACAUUACUCAGAGCCGCAGUUCCCACUCCUUGAACAAACAGCUCAUCAUUAACAUGGAGCCCCUGCAGCCCCUGCUUCCUUCCCCCAUUGAGCAGGAAGAGGAACUUCCUCUGGUUAAGGGUGUCUCAUUACCUAAAGAAGACGUUUCUGCUCCCCUGAUCUCCAGCUCCCCAGUGAAGGAAGCUCAGGAGUAUGAAGAUACCCCAAGUGAAGAGAAAGACAAAGUAAAAGGAGAGCCCUUGACGAUCUCUGAACUAACAUACAACCCAAGUGCCAGCCUGCUCCCCACCCCUGUUGAUGAUGAUGAGAUUGACAUGCUCUUUGACUGUCCAUCUAGGCUUGAGUUAGAAAGAGAAGACAUAGAUUCAUUUGAGGAAUUGGAAGCAGAUGAAAAUGCCUUUUUGAUUGCUGAAGAAGAGGAGCUGAAGGAAGCUUGCCGAGCUUUGUCAUGGAGCUAUGACAUUCUGAUGGGCCAUAUUUGGGUGAAUCCACUGGUCAAGAGUUUUUCUAGGCUCCUUGUUGUGGGCCUGGGACUGCUGCUCUUUGUAUUUCCCCUGCUCCUCCUCCUUUUGGAGUCAGGUAUUGAUCUCUCCUUUUUAUGUGAAAUCCGCCAGACACCAGAGUUUGAGCAGUUUCACUAUGAAUACUACUGUCCCCUCAAGGAGUGGGUGGCUGGAAAGGUCAACCUCAUUCUCUACAUGCUGGGUUGCUCAUGAGGUUAAUAUCUUAUAAGACUAAGGGCUAUAUCCAAUGCUAGUGAUUUUUUUUUCAGUAGAUGCCUGGUUCUGAAUGGUCAUAGGGUCCUCAAUGGGUGUUCCUUUCUCAUAACUUUAACUCUUAAGUUAGCUUUCCAUAAUUAAAUGCACUUAAAUAAGUUAAAUCAAAUAUAGUUAUUUUAGUUACAGGUCAGGAUGAUGGCCUUUAAAUAACCAAAACAUUUUUAUUUUUUAAUGUAACGGAUAUCCUCUUUAUCUAUUAUAUCAUAAUACAUAACAUAUUGGACUGAAUUAGAUUUUCCAUUUUUUAAUAGUUGGCAUCAUUAUAAGCUAUAAUGUUCAGAAUCAGAAUUUUAGUACAAAUCUAAGGGAAAGCUUUUGAAUAUAAUCCUUAGUGAAAACAAUGUCCUCUAACCAAUGCCUAUACAACUAAAUUUAUGCUGACUUUUUUGUUUUUAAAAAAUAUUUUUAUGUGUUCAAACUAUUUUGGUAAAUUUUUAGCAAAAA